AUGGCAACUGCAAACAAAGAGGAAAUUUCACCUGAUUGUAUUCCAGAAUUACCUAGGAUAGAUCCAAUCGAUCUUCAGUGUAUGAUAUGUCUUGAUGUUCUGAGAGAGCCAAUAGCUUGCCAAACAUGCGAGACUUCAUUCUGUUCGACGUGCAUCACUAAAUGGCUUAGUGAAAAUAAUAAUAAAUGUCCACUAAGAUGCAGCUCAUUCGUCCAACGACCAUGUCCUGCAUUCAUUAUUGAACAGCUCGCAACGAACAAGAAAAUGUGUGUUUAUCAGCCACAUGGUUGUAAUGAGGUCAGUGAUAUUCUAUUGCUAUUUUUUCGUUCCAGCUGAUAAACGUUCAGAGUGCGUCUUCGACAUCUUGUUUCAGCAUUUCAGCAUCGUUUCAGUACUUCUGAUGCUUGAAUAAUGCUGAUACAAGUGGGUGAGGGGAGCGAGACUCCAGGAGUACUUGUACUUUAAUGUACUCCACUCGUACUCGCGGAGUACACUGUAAAAAAAAAGAUAUUUUACCAAGCCCUCCAAAAAGGUUUCGUAGGUGUCUAAAAGCUUCCAAAUGCGUCC